CAAAAAAAGCUGAAAGUGAUAACAAUGAGAGGAGCUACGACGUGGAUGUUACUCAUUUGUCUGCUAAUUGGACAAUUUUAUGGCGAGCUCUGCCGUGCGUCACCGAUUGGCGAGGAGGACAGCACUGUGCCGGAGUACCAGGACGACGAUUACGACUACGAUGGCGAUGACGACGCGACGAGUCCAGAGGGGCCGCCGGCUGAGAUAGUGGAGGAUGUGCAGAGCCUGCCGCCCUACUUCGAUCAAUCUGACGUCAGUAUUCAGGCCAGGCCGGGCGACGAUGUGACCAUCAACUGUGAUGCGCGCAACUUUCAAAUCAAGAACAUUGCGCUGUGGUACAAGAACACCACGCUCUUGGCCACCGGGCAGAGUGCGAUCAACAAUCGGGUGGAGGUCAUGAAGAACAACUCGCUGCGCAUUGCGGGCGUGACGCGGGAGGAUGCGGACGACUACUACUGCGAGGUGUUGCCGCAGGGCGUGAGGCAGCACACAGCUCUGAGUGUGGGCGCCAAGCUGUCGAUCCUCUGCGACGGUCGCGAUGUCACGGAUCGAUCGCAGACGUUCAAGCAAGGCGACCACCACAGGCUCGUCUGCCAAACGUUCCUGCCCACCAAGACGGACAUUAAGUGGUCCUUCAAUGGCCAGCGACUGCACACCUCGGAGAAGGAGACAGCCGAGGGCGUCGUCGUGCUGGACAAUGUGGACGAGGAGAACGCCGGCGUCUAUCAGUGCCUCGGCGACGAUGGCAGCGCCGAUCCUCCACACGGCAUGGUCACCGUCGAUGUGCAGUACAGCCCCAAGGUGUCCACGCAUCGCCAUCACGUCAACACCAUCGAGGGCGACACCGCGGAGCUCUACUGCGACUAUCGCGCCAGUCCCAUUGCCAUCAGCUUCUUCAUCAAGGACGGCAAGACGCUGUCCCUGUCCGAGAAGUACUCGAUUAAGAACUCGCUGCACAAGGAGCACAAUCGCACCACGCUCAUCAUCAAGCACGUGGAGGCCAGCGAUCUGGGCGAGUAUCUGUGCCAUGUCGAGAAUGCCAUCGGCUCCAACGAGGUGCGCAUCCAGCUGAGCUACAGCCCCGAGACGCCCCAGUUCGAGAACAGCUCCAUCAAUGGCAACGAGGUCACCAUGCACUGGCUCGUCCGCAGUCUGCAGCCCCUGUCCGAGGCCAUGCUGGACUACAAGCUCUCCAUGUCGUAUACGUGGAGCACCGUCUCCAUCAUACACACACAGCGUCACGACAAGGACAAUGGCAUCUGGAAGAUCACGCACCAGAUGGAACUGACGCCCGGUCUGUGGCAUGCGCGCAUCAAGACCAAGAAUACGGCGGGCUGGUCCCACUUCUCGCCUGAGCACGACAUACUGAUCAAGGAACAAGAGGAAUCCACAGAAAUCGAUGACGGCGCAGUGCCGCCGGAGGAUCUGGUACGUGCGGGCUUUGGAGUCGGAACCAGCUCAAAGACGAAUGCGGCGUGCACGAAGCAAUUGCUGCCCAUUGCGAUGCUAGCCGGACUUAGUAUAUCACUGCUGCGACUCUAAGCGAACGAUCAGUAUAUGCGGAAAACAGGGCCGUGGCAACUGUACAUACGUAUUUGAAGUUAGAUGUUUUGCUUGUGCUGUGCCUUGAACCCGGCCCACUGGCAGUAGCAGCUUAUACAUAAAAAAUGCGAAUGCAAAAGAAUAGAAAGAAAUGAAAGAAAAUACCCAAGUAUUCUAAUUAAAUAUGCAAAUGCUAAUGCGCCUCACAGGCCCCGAUCGUGGGGUUCAAUGUUAAUGUUAAACUAAAUUCAAUCGAGCAUAGGCAUAAUUCACUAAAAAAAAAAAAACAUUUGUGCCAACUAUAGAAAAAGCAGGAACAGCAGUAGGAGGAGUAGAAGGAGGAGGAGGAGCAAUAGCUUAGUUUAAUUAUAUGUUAAGAUGAAAUUAACUACGAUGAUCGGUU